AUGUCUUCUAACAAGUUUGACUCUCAGGCUUCGACCAACUACAAGGAGGCUUUUGCCCUGUUCGACAAGCGCGGCAAUGGCCGUGUCUCCCUUGAGAGCCUGGGCGACCUUCUCCGCGCCUGCGGCCAGAACCCUACCCUCUCCGAGAUCCAGGACCUCGAGAAGAACGUUGGUGGUGACUUCGAUUUCGAGACCUUCCAGCGUGUUCUGAACCGCCCCGGCGGCUUCCGCGACCCAGGCGAGCCUGAAGAGUACUGCCGUGGUUUCCAGGUGUUUGACAAAGACAUGACGGGAUUCAUCGGCGUCGGCCAGCUCAAGUACAUCCUCACAAACCUCGGCGAGAAGAUGACCGAUGAGGAGGUGGAUGAGCUCCUCAAGGCUGUCGAUACCAGCUCAGGCCAGGUCAACUACACUGAUCUCGUGCGAACCAUCCUCGCCAACUAA